UAUAUGCUCUUCCCAAAUGUAUUCUUUUUUAACACUGAAAACUUCAUUUCAAAAGGACAACAACAUAGUUUUUUUUUGGUUAAAAACAACGACAUAGUUUUUCCUAGAUGAAAUACAAUAAUCUACCAGUAGAUGGUAUGAAUAACUCAAAUAACCAACCAAAAUGAAAGUUGCAAGAAGAAAGCUGAGAGGUCAAAAUCAGCAGGCUGAUUUUACAUAUGCUCUUCCCAAAUGUAUUCUAUCAAACGCUAUAUUAGUUGGAAUUUCUUAAUGUAAAUAUUAUCACUCACUAAUGUAAUUAUUAUUCGAAAACGUACGCAAUUUUUUGUUGUUUUGAUUUUUUAUUACUAUUAAUAGAAGUUCUUGCAGAAAAAAGAAUAGAUUGUUUUCACCAAAAUAAAAAUAAAACUUAAAUAAAUAUUUUGAUAGUUAAUAAUUAUUAAUAUGUGUAAAAUAAUUGUGGCUAUAUAUGCGGGCAAAAUAUAUAAUAUAAAUUAUUUUUCAGAAAAUUUAGAAAAUCAUAUAAAUGAAGUUUUUAUCUAGAACUCGUGAUAUAACUUGAAACCUAGCCUAUGAUCUAACUUAGGAACAUGGAUAUUUGAAAUAAUUAAAAUAAGAAUUUUAUCAAUUGGAUAUUUGAAAAGUUAUAAUAUCUUAUCCCUAAGAAUAUAUUUUAGUCAAAUUUUUAAAAAUAAUGUAAUUUUUUAAGAAAUUUUCUCAUAUACAAUAUUGUAGAUUUGUAAUUAUUAUAAAAUAAUCUUCGCCAUGGAAUAUAUAACUAAAAUAAAAUUUAAGGAAAUAUAAUGCCGUUAUUUCAUGAACAUAUGUAUAAAAAUAUUGCAAACGGAAUAUAAUUUAUCCUCACCAAAACUGCAAAACUAUAAAAUACAUGAUAGUAGUUAAGAAAAGAUGAAAUUUAAGUCGACCGAAACAUAUCAUCGCUAUUCAGUUAUCAAGUAUUAAAUUAGGAAUUUGAUUAUUUUCUCACAAAAAAAAAUUAGAAGUUUUAUUGUAUUUCAUUAAUAGCGCAUUUGCCACGAAAGUAGCGUAGCUCUUAUUGGGUGUGACUAAUUAGGAAAUUAUAUGAGUUGGCGCUUGUAUUGGGUGUAAUGAAAAUAUAUUUCCGAUCCAACUACUUGCGGUUUGUCAGCGUGUACCCACAUGGAUUCAUUCAUUAUUUAAAGUCUCGUGUACCGCACGAUAUAAAAUACAUGAAGAAAUUCGUCGAUGUGAACUUCCCAUGGGUCGAUAAAUACCCAUGCAAUUUCCCAAUAUGGAUCACUGCACCACCAAUCAUUACAUUAUUCCCAGGUUGUAAUAUUCGUAAGAUUGAUCAAGCGCAAGCAAAAGCGAUGGCCCAAAAGUUGGACGCAAAGGGUGGUGAGAAGGGAGAUGUAUGGGAUGAUGGCGUUCACGAAAAUGUUAGAAAAGUAUAUGUAGGUAAAGGCCAGGACUGUAUAGCCUUCAUCAAAUUUGAGUAUGUUGAUGAUUCUGAAGUGGUUGUUGGAGAUGAACAUGGAGAACAAACACAAGAAGUUGAGGAGUUUGAGAUUGAUGAAGAUGACUACAUCGUUUACGUAGAAGCUUUCCGUGAGAAAGUAACUCAAGAAACCAUCGUGGCUCUUAAGUUCGAGACUUACAAAGGCAAAACCAAUAUGCACAUCGAGACGAGUCCGGGAGUAAAGUUUGUUCUCCAAGGUGGGAAAAUCGUUGGGUUUCACGGGUGUUCGACGGAUGUUCUACACUCCCUUGGAGCCUAUGUUUCUUUCUCAUCCACUCUUGAUUCGCUUGGAAACUGGAUAAAGGUGGAGCAAAAUGGAGAGGGUCCAGGGCUAAGAUGCUCACAUGCCAUAGCACAGGUAGGAAACAAGAUUUACUCCUUUGGGGGCGAGUUUGUUAAUCUUUUACCAACCGCUUGUGUUACAUAACGAUCACAGUGUGUUACACACGAGUUCGAGAGAAAGAAUAAGAUAGACGUUUCAGGCUUAUAAACUUUUCUGAAAAUACUUUUGUAUUAUUGAGAUUCGGUAAUGUGUUUACAACAGAUGAUUGAUCUUUAUAUAGAGAUCGAAUCAAUACAAGUAUAAGAGACACAACUCUUUAUACUAAAGGACACAACUUGAAGAGUUACAA